CGGAGGCGCUCUAUCUAACGAACAACCACCACGACCACCACAUCAUGGCAGUCGACGCAGACACAAAAGCCGCUAUUCAAGCUAAACUUGAAGCUCGCGAUGCCCACCUCCGUGAAUCCUGGGUUCGCGCUAUGGAGACUCGAUUGGUUCGAGACGAGCUUGAAAAAUGUCAAAAGACCGAAGGGGUAAAUCAUUAUGAGAGCUGCAAAUGGCUGGCAGAUUUGUAUCUAGACAAGCUGCGGGACAGUAGGGUGAAAGGGUACAAACAAAUUGAUGUUUGAUAUUAUAGAGCACGAAUACCGGUACAAUUUUGCGAAUAACUGAAAUCCCAAGAACCGCUCGAGCUCUUCCGUGCAUGUUGAAUACCUGGAUUACAAUCGUCGAGACGCAAUGCCCUUUCCUCUUGGUCCCAGUGAAUAAUGGUUUCCGAAGCCGCAACACACUGCCGUUCAAUUAGAAUACAUCGGUCAGGUAAAGAUCUGGAUCCGAAAAGACCUAUUGUGGAACACAGGAACUGAAAGGACUCAGCAUGCCUCUUGUCCCGACUUCCAGUAUCCGUCAAUGAGAGAGCGUGGACUUCUAUCAACUCGUAAAUCCUUCUACGUCCACGUUGUAUGUUCCAUUAGUGUCCAUUGGUGAUCUACAGGCCCGGUGCUCUGAUCCGGGCGAAUUAGACCUUCAAGCGAGUUUGGAUUCUUGAGUUAGGAGGGGUAUUGAUUUCUGACAUGUUCCAUAUCAUUUCUACGUCAGUUGAAUACGUACCUAUUUAUCUAUCUGCC